AUGCCCGCGUGCUUCGACGACUUGUUUGGCGGAAAGAGACUCGACGUGAAAAUCUCCGCAAUAGAUGACGUGGCAGCGCGAGACACUUCAGCAGCCGCCCAGAUAUGGUUCCAUCCUGCAGCGAUGACGGCUGAUGACGUGGCCGCGGGCGACAUGGUCGCGGUGGUGUGCAGCGAUCCCCAUUCCGCGCAGCCAAUCCCGCCGCUCCAGCUGGCACAGGAGGCUCUACAGCUGGCAACGCCUGAUUGGACGCAGCAUCCUGAUUGGCCGGCAAUCGCCGCCCGAUUACCCGGGCUGUACUGCGCGUUGGCCACCGUGUGGCCGGCGCCGAAGAUUCCCAAAUCCUGCUGCCGCCUCUCUUGGCAGCUAGCGGACAGCCUAGGCCGCCCGGAGGAAAGCACGCGCCUUUAUGUCUUCACUCUCAAGGCCGGGCGGCAACAGAAUCUGAGCCUAAGUUCCCCACAAGCGCAUGGUGAACAGGUGGUCAUGCAGCCAAUCCCGUGCGGACAGCUGGCGCUGACCUGGCUGGAGCCACUGGAUUGCAGUGCUGGUGCUGAUGGGGACAGGUCAGCAGCAGUAGGAGGGGAGGGAGAAGGAGCGGAAUCAGGAGCAGGAGGAGCAUCACAGAGAACUCCAAUACGGGGAGUGACAUGCGCAGCAACACAGGCAGCACCAGGAUCAGCAGCAGGAGCAGCAGCAACCUCGCUCAGCUCUCCUGUACCCUCGUCCUCCCCCUCCCCUUCCCCUUCCCCCUCUCCCAGUACCCCCUCCAAUGUUGCACGGCGCCUCGAGCCUAGAACACCGGGCAGUGUGCAAAAAGUGUUGACUCCAGGUAGUGCUGUGACUCCGGGCAGUGCAAAAAAGGCUCCCUUUAUCAGUGAAGAGGAGAUGGAGAGAGCUCGUUGGGCAGCUGUGAAAACACUUAUCGGGCAGACGGCACAGCAGCAAUUGCAGCAACAGAUGCGGCAGCAGCACCAGCAGCAGCAGCAGCAGCAGCAGCAGCAGCAGCAAACAUCCCUCUGCCGCCGUUCCUCCUCACUCCUGCGACCACCCUUAUUGGAGCAAGGGAGAGGGAAGGAGAUAGUGAGCUCUUCCACUGGAAUGGACUACCCGGACCUCUUCCACAGGUAUGGGAUGCCUAGAGCUCUUCCACAGGGAGAUGCUAUGCUAUACCAGGGAGAUGCUAUGCUGUGA